UCGCUCAGCCAGAGAUCAGUCUUUAGCGUGUUUUCGACUGUUUCGUGUUGUUCACUAGGAAGUGAAGUUAAAAGGGAUAUUAAGGCGAAAAGAUAUUAUUAAAAACAUCAUUCAAAAUGGGUGAACCUAACGACAUGACUCAACAAGGUCCUGGUUUCGACGUAAACUGCAUGACCCUGACUAGGUUCGUUUUGCAGGAGCAACGAAAGUUCAAGCAUGCCACCGGCGAUCUCUCUCAACUUCUCAAUUGCAUUCAAACCGCCAUCAAGGCUAUUGCUUCGGCUGUGCGAAAAGCUGGAAUUGCCAAGCUGUUCGGUAUUGCAGGAGAAAUAAAUGUUCAGGGCGAGGAAGUGAAAAAAUUAGACGUUCUUUCCAAUGAAUUGUUUAUAAAUAUGUUGAAAUCAUCUUAUACGACUUGCCUGUUGGUAUCGGAGGAGAAUGAGACAGUGAUUGAAGUUGAAACUGAGAAAAGAGGAAAAUAUAUUGUUUGCUUCGAUCCCUUGGAUGGAUCUUCUAAUAUUGACUGUUUAGUGUCGAUCGGUUCGAUUUUCGCUAUUUAUAGAAAGCAAACUGAAGGAGAACCACAAGUCGCAGACGCAUUGCAGCCUGGAAGGAAUAUUGUGGCAGCCGGGUACGCUCUAUAUGGUUCCGCUACAGCUAUGGUGUUAUGUUUAGGACCGGGAAGCGGAGUGCACUGCUUCACAUAUGAUCCUGCCAUUGGAGAAUUCAUUCUCACUGAACAUAAUAUGCGAGUUCCAGAGCAAGGCAAAAUUUACUCCCUUAACGAAGGAUACAGUGCCACAUGGGACGAAGGACUCAAAGCGUACAUAUCAGCUAAAAAAGAUGGACCAAAACCUUACGGGGCUCGUUAUGUUGGCAGUAUGGUUGCCGAUGUUCAUCGUACAAUCAAAUAUGGAGGAAUUUUCAUUUAUCCAGCAACAAAAUCUGCUCCAAAUGGAAAACUACGUCUUAUGUAUGAGUGCAAUCCAAUGUCUUUCAUUAUAACACAAGCGGGCGGAAAGGCAAGUAAUGGAAAAAUUGAUAUUUUGGAUAUCGUACCACAAAAGAUCCACGAACGGUCUCCGGUGUUCCUAGGCUCGAAGAAGGAUGUUGAAGAGGCACUUAGUUAUCAAAAGUAGAGGAAGAGCAUAAUCAAACAUAUUUUGUACGAUAUUUUAUGGAAAAAAUUAACAAAAAAAAAAAAUUGCUUGAAAAAUAAACA